ACUUUGCAGAGGCAAGAAAUCCCCAGCAGAAUCAGAUGCAGUGCAGGAUUUCUGUCACAGAAAUUCAUCAGACUCAUACAUGGACUCACAUUGUCUUUUUUGGACUUAGCUCAAGGACAGAUAGACCCAUUCAAUAAUUUUUGAUUUUGGACUCUACUGGUAACUCACUGGACUGUAUUUUGGACUGUACUGGAUUUAACUGGACUUUCUGGGGUGAAUCCCAUCAGACUCUGUUGGUUUCAGUUUAAUAUAUUUUGUAGAAGGCUCUUAUGAAAUCUGAGGCAGCAGUACUGAAAGUUUGAAUGGAUACUGAUAUUUACACUGUGGUGCUAUUAUUUCAAAGUCUCUGGCUAUCCUAAGUAAAUUAAGGCAAACAAGUGUUAGCGUUAGUCUGCUUCAAAUUGUUUUGACUAAAAACUCCUUUAGACCAAAUUAUUUAUUUUUGAAAACAGUAAAGUCUGGAGUGCCAAGUAGCAAUUUGUAAAACUAACAAAAGAGGCUCAGUUUAGAUCAGGUGUGCUUCAAUAACAGGGCAAAAAAAAAGAAGCCAGUUUCAUUAUUGGAGGGUUUAUUUUGCCAGUAAGGUUUACAGUCUCAUUUGGAUGCUGGCUUAGUUUAAACUGCAUGUCUUGGAGGAUGCAAAAGAUCAUCAGAAGCAAUAGCAGCUGCAGAAGGAUGAAUCUCCUGUGCGUCCUGUGGCUGCUGACAGUCUGUCUGGCUCCUGGAAGCCGAGGUCAGAGGCUGAAGGACGCAGAGAGGGAGAAACCAGCAGACAGAGCUCAGCUUCUGGAGAGCGAUGCAGUCUGUUACGAAGAGGGAUGUUACGCUGUCUUCCUCCAAAAGAAGACCUUCAGGGAGGCUGGGCGCAGCUGCCGGGAGCGAGGGGGGACCCUGGCAACAAUUUAUAACCACGAAGCGGCGGGUGUUGUCCACGAGCUGCUGUCGGCCAUUGAGACACAGGGGUCCGAGUCAAAGCUUUACCUCUGGAUUGGGCUGCACAGACCUCCACGUCAGUGUUCAUCCACCCGACCGCUCAGAGGAUUCGUCUGGGUCACAGGAGACCAGAAUGUCCAGUUCACCAACUGGCUCCAAGAAUACUCACCUGCAACCUGUGGAGGCUAUCGUUGUGUUUCCAUGAUUGUUCACACUUCUGAGAGUGGGCGUGAGAGCAAAGACAACUUCCAGUGGCUUGAAGGCUCCUGUUCAGUGCCUUUGGGUGGCUAUGUUUGCCAGUACAACUACAAAGGGAUGUGUCCACCUUUGGAAGAUGAGGGUAGAGGUCCACCUGUUUAUACUACCCCAUUUCACCUUGUCAGCAGCCUGUUGACUCAUGUGCCAUUUGGGUCUACAGCCACUGUGCAAUGCCCUGCAAACAGUGCAAACCCAGAUCCUACUGAGGAGACCGUUCUGUGCAUACAGAGAGACGAUGAAACAGUGGGUUGGUCCAACGAUUCUCCAUUUUGUCCAUCCAGUGCCAAACCACAGAACCAAGACUGGUGUAGCAGGGACCACGGAUGUGAGCAGCACUGCCAGAGCACAGACACAGAUUACUACUGUUAUUGCUCUGAGGGCUUCACAAUAGAUGAGGAUGGAUACAGCUGCAAGCCUGACCUCCUGAGCCAAACCAGCCCCCCUGAGCUAUCUGACUCGGCAGGUCCCACUGACGCGCCUCAGAUCAAACCGAUCUGUGUGGAGAUGGGGUGUGAGUAUAACUGUAUGGAGACCCCCCGGGGUCCUCGAUGCACAUGCCCCCCAGGCUACCAAAUGGGUCCAGAUGGCCGCAAGUGUUCUGAUGUUGAUGAAUGUAAACAAAAACCGUGUCCACAGGUCUGUAUCAACAGCCCAGGUACCUUCCACUGCCUCUGCCUUUCAGGGUACCAGCCAGAUGACGAUGGCGAGUGUGUGGAUAUAGAUGAGUGUCUCGAUGAGGGGAGCUGUGAGGGCAUUUGUGAAAACACAGUGGGGUCCUUCAGGUGCCUGUGUGACACCGGCUAUGAGCCGGGCAGCGAAGGAGAGUGUGUAGAUGUAGAUGAGUGUGUAGGGGGGUCGCCCUGCCAUCAACACUGUGCCAACAUUGUUGGAGGAUACGAGUGUUCCUGUGACAAUGGCUACGACCUGCAGUCAGAUAGACACACCUGCCAGCCAUCUGAUGAUGAAGAGUAUUCCACUCUGACCCCUGAACCCAGUAACUCUGUUCAUGUAGCUGUCUUUGGUCAUGAUAUUCCCUGGUCCUCUUUAUUCACCCCUGAUCCAAACUUUGAAAUUGAUACCAACUUUGAUGCUGACUGGGUGACAGAGGCCCCUGAAGGACUUCCUCCUGAUAUGGCUCACGGGUCAGAAAAUCACCUAAACCAGUGGGACGCCCUGUCACCCAGGCGAUAUCAGACACCCCCGUCCCCAACGCAAAAAGGCAACACAGGCAAUGAAAUUAAUAAUGGCGUGGAAGAAAAUCCAGGAAGUAGAGAAUUUAGUCCAGGUGUCGGGGAUGACACUGCAGAUGGUUCAGCUCCUGACAUGAGCAAGACAGAGGAAGCCAACAUGGAUGGAACAGAGGACACUGGUGGGGUAGCAGAGGCAGGGGCUGGGUCUGCUGAAGGUAAAGGGAAACACGACAAGAGCUGGCUGCUUGUGGCCCUCCUGGUGCCUCUGUGUGUGUUCCUGGUAGUGAUGCUGGCUCUGGGGAUCGUCUACUGCACCAGCUGUGCUGUGGACAAGACCCUUAGCUUUUCGGACUGCUAUCGCUGGAUACUCCCUACAACGCCUCCAGACAGGAGGGAAAUAAAAACCCAAGCAUGAAACCAAAAAUAAUCAAACACACAAAGAUGUCUUUUAAAUGCAAACGUCUGUUAAGAUUUGUCUAAAACUGCAACGUUUCACUUUGUCCUCUUGCACAGCUUUUGUAAAUAAUUUACUCUGCC